AUGUCUUCUGAACCCAAUACUCACCACUCCCAAAAGGCAGAUCAUGUCAUUCACAGAACCCGUCGACGUUUGAUGGCCACGGUUGCCAAGGAAUACGAUCGUGUCGUCGCAGCAGAUCCCGCGCUAGAGUUACCAGGACCGUUCACAGACAGGGACCAGAUCCUCCACCAGUUGCGUGGGCUCAAAGAAAAAGAGCACCGGGAGAUUACUUGCGCGCGCUUUGCUCGAGACCCUUUGUACUGCAUAUUCCCAGCCAGUCAAGAUAGCGUGGAGUGGUACCUUGACCACUAUGGUGCUCAACAUUUCGUUGACUGUCAUAACAAGUCUGUCGCGAUGUAUCUCUGUUACCCAGACAGGAUAGAAUCAGAUAGAGCUGCUGGCGGUGUCUUGAACUCUCUCGACCCCUGGCUUUACCGUCAUUGGUUCAAGCCAUAUGAAUCUGAUAUAGAGCAUGGUCGCUACAUUGCUAAAUCCAUCACGUUUAGACAUCAUACUAGAGACACAGAACCAACGCUCGCCGAUAUAUUGGAAUUCCAUCAGAAGCUCAUUCAAAGCUUCUCUUCCGCUGUCUUCAGAGGCGCCACAUCUGAGGAGCUUCAGAGAAUAUCUACUCUGCCGUUCCCUGCAAUACCAGGACAGCCGCCGGAUGAUCUGCAUAUGACGUUGAACAGAACCCACACCAUCCGUCCUCUGUUCAAGUCUCUCUUCAUGGUCAUCCAUCAAACGAAAGUGUCAAGAAGAGAACGUUUCACAGUUGAGGAGAUUGAUGACCUUCCUGUAUCUCUAGUAUAUACUGGGUCUGCAGAAGGUCUCAGUAGGCCUAUAUCAUUCCACAGCCUGCAUUGCAACAGACAGGAUUUCGCGGAGCACAACAUAUCCGACAGCUCUCUGCAGUGUGAGAACCAACCUCAAGUCAGCGACAAGAUUUAUUAUGAAUCUAGAAAAGCGGGAAGAGGGAGACUGGCGAGGAAAACCGAGCCCGCCUCUUACCGAUCACGCCGUCGAUAUUGA